AAGCUCUUAAUUAUAGGAAAUAUUCAACAGCCAGUGAUGUAUGGAGCUAUGGAUGUCUAAUGUAUGAGAUAUGGAGCAUUGGACGCAAACCUUAUGAGAGUGACAGUAACAUAUCUGCAAUGGAAAAGAUCUGCUCUAGUGAGAGGUUACCUCCUCCUCCUGGUUGUCCUGAAGCAAUAUACAGUCUUAUGAUAUCUUGCUGGCAUCCGGUAGCUAGUGAGCGUCCAAACUUUCAUAAGAUCAUGGUAUCACUCCUUCAACCAAACAAGAAUAUACUGACAAUACCAGAGUCUGCUUUAUCGUCUCAUCCUCAGGCUGGGUCUCUUGGAGGUACUCUCAAAGCUGGAGAGAACAUGUAUCCAGAAAUACAGAACUGCUACUCUGAUACAAUAGACACUGCUUUAUGAAUAAUAUCUGUUUGAA